GUGGAGAGCUGGCAGUACGAUAAGAGUCCAGAGUGUCGCUCGAAGCAUUAUCGCCAUGCUGUUUGUGUAUAUGGUGUAGAAGAUUUCGUCUGGCUCGCUAGCCAUCCAAAGUUGAUGGCUAACAAAGUAGGAGAGGGAACAUUGGUAAUCAUACAUCUUCAGAUGAUGCCCUCGUUCGACUAUGGUGCUGUGGAUUGUAUGCAUGAGCUCAUCUUCAAUCGCACCCAUAUUAGAACAAACGAUCAUAUUUGGAAUCUGAAACUCUACAAAAAUCAGCCCUACGCGAAUAGCCAGAAUGCUGUUCCGAGAGUUCAUCUUACUGGGGAUGGAACUAUGUCACUCCCAGGUACAAUAUCACAAACAUCGUCAGAAUCCUCACCACAAUUUUGUUCUAAACUGCAGCUAUGGCCUGUGAUGCGAUUGUUACUGUCUCAUGACGACUAUUUUCAC